AUGGCGGUUGUUGAUGUGUUGGUGAGCAGACCCCUUGAGCAGGUCUUCGGGCUGCUGAGGAGGAGGUUCCACUGGACCGCGCUGGCUGCACUGAAGGCAACAGUUCGUGAGGCUAUAAAUCAAGGCAUGAAUGAGGAGCUGGAAAGAGAUGAGAAGGUAUUUCUCCUUGGGGAAGAAGUUGCCCAGUAUGAUGGGGCAUAUAAGGUUAGUCGAGGCCUGUGGAAGAAAUAUGGAGAUAAGAGGAUCAUAGAUACUCUCAUGUCUGAGAUGGGUUUUGCUGGAAUUGCUGUAGGUGCAGCUAUGGCUGGGUUACGGCCCAUUUGUGAAUUCAUGACCUUCAAUUUCUCUAUGCAAGCCAUCGACCAGGUUAUAAACUCAGCUGCCAAGACGUACUACAUGUCAGGGGGCCUUCAGUCCGUGCCCAUAGCCUUCAGGGGGCCCAAUGGAGCCUCAGCAGGUGUAGCUGCCCAGGACUCACAGUGUUUUGCUGCCUGGUAUGGGCAUUGCCCAGGUUUAAAGGUGGCCAGCCCCUGGAGUUCAGAGGAUGCAAAAGGGCUUAUUAAAUCAGCCAUUCGGGAUAACAACCCAGUGGAGGUGCUGUAG